CUUGCAAAUCUUUUUAAACCACAAAUUUAUUCAAGAACUCUUAAUGAAGAGAGAGCACAACCACCGUGAAUCCUCCACCGGAGAAGGUGGGAGCUCAUCAAUGACGACGGUGAUUAAGGAAGAAGCUGCCGGAGUUGACGAGCUUUUGGUGGUUUUAGGUUACAAAGUUCGAUCUUCCGACAUGGCUGACGUGGCACACAAGCUUGAACAGUUAGAGAUGGUUCUUGGUGAUGGAAUCUCGAAUCUUUCUCACGAAACUGUUCAUUACAAUCCUUCUGAUCUCUCUGGUUGGGUCGAAAGCAUGCUGUCGGAUCUUGACCCGACCCGGAAUCAAGAAAAACCCGACUCUGAGUAUGAUCUUAGAGCUAUUCCUGGCUCAGCAGUGUAUCCACGUGAAGAGCACGUGACUCGUCGGAAUAAGAGGACGAGAAUUGAAUCGGAGUUAUCGUCCACGCGCUCUGUGGUGGUUUUGGAUUCUCAAGAAACUGGAGUGCGUUUAGUCCACGCGCUUUUAGCUUGUGCUGAAGCUGUUCAACAGAACAAUUUGAAGUUAGCCGACGCGCUCGUGAAGCACGUGGGUUUACUCGCGUCGUCUCAAGCUGGUGCUAUGAGGAAGGUCGCGACUUAUUUCGCUGAAGGGCUUGCGAGGAGGAUUUACCGGAUUUACCCUCGAGAUGACGUGGCUUUGUCGUCGUUUUCGGACAUUCUUCAGAUUCAUUUCUAUGAGUCUUGUCCGUAUCUCAAGUUUGCGCAUUUUACGGCGAAUCAAGCGAUACUUGAGGCUUUUGCUAUGGCUGAGAAGGUUCAUGUUAUUGAUUUAGGGCUUAAUCAUGGUUUACAAUGGCCGGCUUUGAUUCAAGCUCUUGCUCUUCGUCCUAAUGGUCCACCGGAUUUUCGGUUAACCGGGAUCGGUUCUUCGUUAACCGAUAUUCAAGAAGUUGGUUGGAAACUUGGUCAGCUUGCAAGUACUAUUGGUGUCAAUUUCGAGUUUAAGAGUAUUGCUUUGACUCAUUUGUCUGAUCUUAAACCGGAAAUGCUAGACAUUAGACCCGGUUCAGAAUCAGUGGCGGUUAACUCGGUUUUCGAGCUUCAUCGCCUCUUAGCCCAUCCUGGUUCGAUCGAUAAGUUUCUAUCGACGAUUAAGUCAAUCCGACCAAACAUCAUGACUGUGGUUGAGCAAGAAGCGAACCACAAUGGCGCCAAUUUUCUCGACCGGUUCACGGAAUCCCUACAUUACUACUCGAGCCUUUUCGACUCGCUCGAGGGCCCGCCAAGCCAAGACCGAGUGAUGUCGGAAUUAUUCCUAGGAAGGCAGAUACUAAACCUAGUGGCAUGCGAAGGGGAAGACCGGGUUGAGAGACACGAGACGCUUAAUCAUUGGAGAAACCGGUUCGGUUCGGGAGGAUUUAAUCCGGUUAAUAUCGGUUCGAAUGCAUAUAAGCAAGCGAGCAUGUUGUUGGCACUUUAUGCCGGAGCUGAUGGGUAUAAUGUUGAAGAGAACGAAGGUUGUUUGUUGCUAGGAUGGCAAACGCGACCGCUUAUUGCUACAUCUGCGUGGCGAAUCAAUCGUGUGGAAUAAAAUAAAAUAAUGGGAAAGUG